AUGGCUGCUGUGAUAACACCCUUCCAAAGGCUUAAGUGGGGUAUAUUCCCAGUGAGGAGGAUCGUUGAUGAGGAUGAAAAUGGAAACUUUAUAGAGUUUGAUGAUCAAGAAACUGCAGCUGCUACCGAAGAAGGAGGAAGUAUUGAGAAAACUGAUUCCAAAUUAGAAGCUACGCAUUCAAUCAAAGAGCAAGAACCAGAAAUUGAGUAUCGUGAUGAGAAGGGCCGUCCUUGGUGGAAGUUUUUUGACGAGUAUGAGUACCGGAUAACAACACAACAGAAAAAGAGUAGAAAAUGGUAUAGGUGGUUCCAUGAUGAUGAUACCGCUGAAGAAAAGAAGCUUAUCACCAAAAUUGAUAUCUUGUUGACAUUCUAUUCCCUCAUGGCAUAUUGGGUUAAAUAUUUGGACCAAACAAAUUUGACCAAUGCUUAUAUUGGUGGUAUAAAAGAAGCCAUUAAUAUGGAAGGUAACGAUUUCAUCAACACACAAGUUUUAUUCUCAGUUGGUAAUAUUAUAUUUCAAAUUCCCUUCAUGUACAUAUUGUAUGCACUUCCACUCAACUACGUGUUACCAGCUUUGGAUUUCAGUUGGUCAGUGUUGACUGUUUGCACAUCCCAAGUCACCAAUGUCCCCGGUCUUAAAGCAAUUCGUUUUUUUAUUGGUGCAUUUGAAGCUCCAUCUUAUAUUGCUUACCAUGCAUUAUUUGCCUCGUGGUUUAAAGGAAGUACAGGUGAGGUGACACGUAGGGCAGGUUUCUACUACAUUGGACAAUAUCUUGGUGUACUUACUUCAGGUUUGCUUUCAGGGGCAAUUGUGAGAAACUUAGGUGGUGUUAAUGGAUAUGAAGCUUGGCAAUGGAUCUUUAUCAUUGAUGGUAUUAUCAGUUUCGCCGUGGGUGUUAUAGGAAUCUAUAUGAUCCCGGGUACACCUGAAGAUUGUUACAGUAUCUUUUUAUCAGACGAUGAGAUUAGAAUCGCCAGGAGAAGAAUGAGAAAAGAUCAAAAGGAUGCCAAACCAAGAGAAAAUGCAUUUUAUCAUUUCUUUAGUUGGGAGACUUGGAGAAAGGUUCUUACAUCGUGGCAUUUUUACGUCUUAGGCUUGUGGAAUAUCUUUUGCUGGAACAACUCUAGUGGUACUUCAGGUGCAUAUCCUUUAUGGCUUCAAUCAUUGAAGAAAGAUGAUGGCAAAACCCUUAGAUUUGAGGGUGGUAGGUUGCAAGAUUACACUGCGUUGACUCCAGCAUUGGGGAUUUUAUGGUUGAUCAUCACAAGUACCAUGGCAGAUUUAUUCAGUAGUCGAUACGGUGCGAUUAUAUUUUCACAGGUGUUCAAUGUCCUAGGUAACUUGUUGCUUGCAAUUUGGGAUAUUCCGGAAAGGGCAAAAUGGUUCGCAUUUUGUAUGCAAUAUUGGGGUUGGAGUUCAGCCCCUGCACUUUAUUCAUUUUUGGGAGAUAUAUGUCGAAGAGAUCUUCGAGAGCGACAAAUCAUCUUGGUUGCUUGUAAUAUUUUAGCUCAACAAAGUACGGCUUGGACUGCGACAUUAGUAUGGAAAACAGUGGAAGCACCUAGGUUUUUGAAAGGUUUUAGUUUCACUGCUUCGUCGGGUUUCGCAAUGGCCGUUUGGUCGUUUGUUGUAUUGUAUUUCUACAAGAGACAAGAGAGGGCUGGUGCACUUGAUAACAACAUUGUGCUCUAUGAUUCAAGUAAAGACGAGGAGAAGCCGGAUAUAAAGCAAGUUGAAUAG